AACAACAUAACAUCUCGCACCAUUCACUUGGUUUUCUUGUCUAUCCAUAUCCACCUGAUUGAAUGAGGCCAAUAAGUUUUGAGGAAGUUGGAGGGGGCAAUGCGAUCCAAAAACAAAGUUUGCAGGCCAUCCAAGUUCUCUGGAACGAAUGGGAGAUCCAUUGUCUCAUACUUGCGAGCUUUUCCCUACAAGUAUUCCUCUUCUUUGCAUCAGGCAUGCGGAGGCAUAGCGUGUCCCGCAUACUCAAUUCCCUUAUAUGGUUGGCCUACUUAUCAGCCGACUCUAUGGCCAUUUUCGUUCUUGGACAUCUCGCGGUCCAUGCAAGUGGCUCACACCAUCUUCUUAUCUUCUGGGCGCCGUUCCUGCUCCUCCACAUGGGAGGGCAGGACACUAUCACCGCCUUCUCCAUGCAAGAUAACAACCUCUGGCAGCGCCACCUUCUAGGAUUGGUCACCCAAGCAUCGGUGGCCGGCUAUGUCAUCUCGAUAUCGUCUUGGCAAGAUAGCCGACUCCUGGCCGCCACAGUGCUCAUGUUCUUGUCUGGGUUUUUUAAGUACAUCGGGCGUAUCUUUUGUCUUUACACAUCUAGUCCAAAGCUCCUCAAGGAUUUUACCGUGGCUAAUUUGGAUAGAUAUGUCAACGAUAUAUACUAUAUACCAGGCACUGUUCAAAAGGAAUCAUUUGAGGAUAUACUAAGGCGGAGAGUGCAUGAUAUGAUGCUCAGCGACAUCGACUUGAAGCUAAUGCCCCAUAGCAAUUCAGUACAUAUAUUGUUGGAUACUCCACUCAAUGAUAGGGCUACUAUUGAGUGCGCGACUAUCAUACCAGACUUGCUCAAUAUGCUCAAGUAUAGCGCAGACCGCUCCAAUGCCUACAUUUAUGUUGGUAUAAUGCUUGUUCGUUCUUAUGAACGUGUCUACACCAAGGCUGCGCUUCAUUUUGCGUGGAUUAACUGUUUCAGCAUAACAGUGUCCAAAUAUUAUGAGUACAAAAAGCUACGCAUAGCAUUUCUUCACAUUAUGGCAUUGCUCUUGCUCUUCCCGGUUAUCUCUGCCUCGAUAACAUUAGAGCUCUUCAUGGUUGCCGAAAAGGCGCAACUCUACAGCCAUACCGAUGUCACGAUCUCCUACAUAUUACUCCUAGGGGCCAUAAUCCUUGAGGUGGCAUCUCUCUCGAUGUCCCUUCUUUCCUACUUCGCAUCGAGUGAAGCACCAACAUCUUUUCCACUUGCACCUAUAGCCUUGUCUGUGGCCAACUAUGUUCACCCCGCAGGCCGACAUAGAAAACACUGGUCCAAAAUGCUUGGACAGUAUAACAUGUUCGAAUACCACAUGGGGGGAGCUUCCACAGGCAUCAUGUCAGUUGUAUCAUGGUGGAUUAGACAGACAUUUUCAGUAAUUCCCAACAAUAAAUAUCUCAAGGAGUUUUCAAGAAUCCCCAUAAGUAAAGAUCUUGAGGAGUUUGUUCUGGACAAAUUGUUAGAGUUUGGAACAGGGGAGGAAGCAGGCUGGAACUUUGCAAGCUUUCGUGGACAGCUAGCGCUUGAUAGGUGGACCGCUUUGCGCACGAUCAUCGAUAGCACCGACCUGCCAACAAGUGUGCUGAUCUGGCACAUUGCAACGGAGAUAUGCUACUUGACUGAAGAAAACAACAAUGGUCUUCGCGAUCCACCUAAGAAGACAAGGGUGAGCAGAGAUCUAUCAAACUAUAUCAUGUACCUUGUCUUCACGUGUGGUGUGAUGCCUACAGGAAGCUCCAAACUCGUACCUUUGCUCGCCCAUAAGGAAAUCAGGGAAGCUAUUGGACGAUAUGCUGCUAUGGCCACUAGGGAUGGAGCUAUUAGGACGGUGCUUCGAGCUAAUAUCAUAAGAAAGCAACAAUCAGCCGAUACAGAUGAUAUGGGCGGCAGCAGCAGCGAACCGGCAACUCAGGUGCAACUUCUUAAAAACAAUAUAAAGGCUAUUCGUUCUCCGGUGGUGCCUCGUGCAUGUACAGUGGCGGACGAGCUGAAUAGCAUGCCUAGAGAUGGCCGCUGGGAGCUCAUUGGAGAUGUAUGGCUGGAGAUGCUUUUCUACAUCGCGCCUCGCUGUGGGGGUGCUUUCCAUGCUCAUCAUCUCAGUACUGGCGGGGAGUUCGUGACGCAUGUCCUCCAACUCAUGCGUUUACUAGGCCCUUUUCUACCACCGCCAGAUGCUUAGCUACCACUACCGCCAGCAUGAUCACCAAGAUGUCAAUCCAAGACAGCAUCGUCCGCCCCAGCUUCACCGACGAGCGACAACUAAAUAUACAUUGUGCAUUGUAUCUUUAAUAUUUUUACAAAUAGCAAGUGUGUUCCGUUUUCCAAAUAAGCUAGUGCACAAGCUCACGACAUGUGUGAGACGUGCACAUGUACAAAUGAUUUGUAUUGUGUCUUGCUAGCCAAUGCCA